UGGAACAGGAUAUGCAAAAAGUGCUUCUUCCCGUUCUUCUUGGUGAGGCUCACCGCAACGUACAACAAGCAGAUGGCGAGCCGGAAGCGGGAGCUCUUCGGCAGCCUGCGGGAGCACGCGAGCCCCUCGGGGGAGCUCUGCCUGCUGGAGCUGGGCUGUGGCACCGGGGCCAACUUCCAGUUCUAUCCGCCCGGAUGCAGGGUGACCUGUGUUGACCCCAACCCCAACUUUGAGAAGUUCUUGAUCAAGAGCAUCGCUGAGAACCGACACGUGCAGUUUGAGCGCUUCGUGGUGGCGGCCGGGGAGAACAUGCACCCGGUGGCCGAUGGCUCCAUGGACGUGGUGGUGUGCACCCUGGUCCUGUGCUCCGUGGAGAACCAGGAGCGCAUCCUCCAGGAGGUGCGCCGAGUGCUGAGGCCGGGAGGGGCUUUUUAUUUCCUGGAGCAUGUAGCAGCUGAGCAUUCAACCUGGAAUUACUUCUGGCAGCAGGUCCUGGAUCCUGUCUGGUACCUGCUGUUUGAUGGGUGCAACCUGACCAGAGAGAGCUGGAAGGCGGUGGAGCGGGCCGGCUUCUCCAAGCUACAGCUGCAGCGCAUACAGGCCCCACUGUCUGUGGCGCUGGUGCGCCCUCACAUCUAUGGAUGUGCUGUGAAAUAGCGCCAGCAGGGAGUUGAGAGCUGAAUGAAUGGCUCAGAUAACCCAAGGCUUCCGUUUUACACUUAAAUACUGAUUGGGAAAAGAGAAACCCUUUUUUAGGUAAAGCUGAAUUUCAUCCUAAAAAGUUUACCUUAUACCCUUUUUAGCCAUUUUCUAUUGUCUCCCAAAGAAUCAGUCCAUGUUAGGUUGCAUCGCUGUUUUCUAGUUUUGUUUAGGCCGCACUUGGAUUGAGUUGACUUCUAUGUUGUUUUCUUGUAUAACACCGUCAUUUGUAAAUAUGUAUUUCUAUGAGCACUUUCUUUAAGUGCUGUUUGUUCUCCCAUCAUUGUAUUCCCAAUGCCAGGAAUAUAAUAAGUGCUUAAGAGAUAUCUGUUGAAUAAAUUAGCUAAACAAAACAAAACAAAUACAAAAUAGCUUUGCACUCUCCUUUAAAGGGAAACAAUGAGCCCAGCCAAUGAGACUCAGUGAUUGAGUGUUGACCUAUGAACUAGGAGGUCACGGUUAGAUCCCGGUCAGGACACAUGCCCAGGUU